AUAAGAUACUGAAAAAGUUGGAAGUCAUGACUCAUGAGUCCACUGCUGCCGAUGAGGAAGGAUGUCUUGCUUCAGGAUUCUUGCUUUACUCAUCGCCGUCAUCAGCUUUUCUGACUGUCUUCCAUCUGGAAAUAUUACCCAUACACCAAGAAGUGAAUUAAGGUUUUCUCAGAAUGCCAGCACAGUUGUCGGGAGUACUACAAAGAAACUGGCCCCAUUUUGUGCCGAUGGAUCAAGAUUUUGUGAAACAGUUGAUGGCUAUCCAAAGAACAUCCUUGAAAAUAUAUCUGACAAUGAUAUGGAUCAAUUUAAAGAGCUGCAAGGAAGAGAUGACCUGAAAUCGCCUCCUAUCAUGCAAAGAACUGAUAUUAAUGCAACAAAUGAACUAUCUCUUUGUCCUUCUGUUGAAGAAGUUGUGUUCCCUAGAGUUGCCAAGAAUAAAGAUGACAAGUGGCUUUUUGUCGUUAACACAGGUUCCUUUGUGCAAGGUAUUCGCGUUGAAAAAUGUAUGAAGACGAGCAAUGAGCCUGAGCAAAAAUGCUAUUUUAGUGAUUUAUUUCCUAAAGGUUACAAAACUGUGUGCAAACAGAAGUACAUAUACCGAAGAAUGGUAGCUUUGGACGAGGAUGGGAAACGAAUUACAGAUGAAUUUGUGAUUCCUUCAUGCUGUUCUUGUGCUAUAAUACCUGUCAGAGAUGCUACAUAUAGACAAGGGAUGCUGAAGAAAGCUUUAAGUACGACUACAACUCCUGUUCCCAAACGUUAAGAAACUGUACAAUUUUUCCAAAACAUCAAGAUCAAAAUGCUUGUCAUUUGGUCUACACAGGAUCCUUUGUAGUCAUGAAAAUCUUUUAUGUGAAUAAAGUAAUACUAUGAAACC